ACUGACCAUUCUGCAGCCACACCGCCCUUCCUUCUCAUCGUUCCAUCUUGCUUCCAUCGUCUUCUCUCAUUUUCUCUCUAGAAGAUGAAGCCCCAAGCUGCUGCUGCUGCUCUCGGCAUGAUCCUGGCUGCCAGCCUGGUCAGUGCCGAGGAGGGCGAAAAGGCGCGCAAGGAGUUCAUUCCUUCCGACAUCAAGGCACCGUUCUUGGAGCAGUUCACGCCCGACUGGGAGUCGCGGUGGUCGCCCUCGUCGGCGACCAAGGAACAGCAAGGUGGCGAGGUCUUCUCCUACGUGGGCCAGUGGUCCGUCGAGGAGCCCACCGUCUUCCCCGGUCUGGCAGGCGACACGGGUCUCGUCGCGAAGACAAAGGCCGCUCAGCACGCCAUCUCGGCGCAAUUUGCCGAGGUCGUUGACCCCAGGGCGGCCGCCCUCGAGGGCAAGCCUUUGGUCAUCCAGUACGAGGCCAAGCCCCAAAACGGUCUCACCUGUGGCGGUGCCUACCUCAAGCUCCUCACCGAGAGCCCAGAGGGUAUUCAGGCAAAAGAAUUUUCCGACAAGACCCCCUAUACAAUCAUGUUUGGUGCUGACAAGUGCGGAGCCACCAACAAGGUCCACUUCAUCUUCCGACACAAGAACCCGAAGACGGGCGAGCUGGAGGAGAAGCACCUCAAGUACCCUCCAUACGCCAAGCUCGCAAAGGUGACGAGCCUCUACACGCUCCACGUCCACCCCAACAACACCUACGAGAUCUUCAUCAACCAUGAUUCGAAGAAGACGGGCAGCCUCCUCGAGGACUUUGACCCGCCCGUCAACCCGCCAAAGGAAAUCGAUGACCCCAAGGAUAAGAAGCCUUCCGACUGGGUUGACGAGGCCCGCAUCGUGGACGCCAAGGCCACCAAGCCCGAGGACUGGGACGAAGAGGCUCCCCUGGAGAUCCCCGACGAGAGCACCGAGAAGCCCGAGGGCUGGCUCGACGACGAACCUUUGACCGUGCCCGACCCCGAGGCCGUCAAGCCCGAGGAGUGGGACGAGGAGGAGGACGGCGAGUGGGUGGCGCCCCUGGUUCCCAACCCCAAGUGCGAUGAGGCACCCGGCUGCGGACCCUGGACCCGGCCCAUGAUCCGGAACCCAGCGUACAAGGGCAAGUGGAUGGCUCCCAUGAUCGACAACCCGGCUUACAAGGGCCCCUGGGCACCCCGCAAGAUUGCCAACCCCGACUACUACGAGGACGAGAACCCCAACCACUUUUCGCGCAUUGCCGGCAUCGGCUUCGAGCUCUGGACCAUGGACGAGGACAUUCUCUUCGACAACAUCUACGUCGGCCACUCGAUCGAAGACGCCCGCCAGCUCGCGAGGGAGCAAUUCGACGAGAAGCUCGUCAUUGAGCAGAACGGGGAGAAGGCCGAGGAGAAGAAGGCCGAGGCGGAGAGCGGCAAGUCGACCGAUGACCUUGCUGGCAUGGUCAACCGGUUGCGUGGCCAGGUCGAAGACUUUGCUGAGGCGGUCCGAAGGGACCCCAUCGAGGCCAUUAAGGCGCAGCCGCAAGUCGCUGGUCUCAUCGCCACGGUCUUUGCUGGCCUCUUUGGCCUCGUCGGCAUCAUUGGCGCCGCCUUUGGUGGCUCUUCUUCGGCCAAGGCUGCCCCUUCGGCCAAGCCGGCAAAGAAGGUCGAUGCGCCAAAGGCAAAGACGACGGCUGUUGCCGCAAAGGAUGGCGAGGUCAAGAAGCGAAGCAAGGCCACCACUGCCCAGGACGCCGAUGACGACGAGUAGGCCGCUGUCUCUCUCUCUUCUCUUUUCUUCCUUACCACAAAAAGAACCAGUGUACCUCUGCUUCCUUCCCAUAGUCGAAGCCUAAUCUUCCCCCCUUUUCUCCCAUUUUGUGUUCAUCCUUGCCCCUGAUACAUUCAAACAGAUGAAGCAAGGAAAGAAGGAAUAAAAUUGAAUAAAUGGUGAAUGCAUG